UUUUAUGUGAUUUAGUCAUCAAACAGCGUCCCAAGUGUGUAGUUAGCGUCUAUUGUGCGUUCGGUGCCAGCGAUUGAUCGAGAGCAGAGAACACACGCUUUUUACCAUUUUGCAACGUACCGUAAAUGUUCUUACGCGAAUAUCUGGUGUCAAUUUGAAGAAGAAAAAAAACAUGCUACUCUAUAGAAUUUAAAAAAAAACGAGAAAAACAGUGAAACAAUUAUGACAAAAAACCAUUCGUAUGGAAGGAAAAGGAAACAGCUGAAUUUUUUUUGAAAAAAAAAAAAGAACGAAAGAAGAAGGAAGCGAGAAGUUCAAAACAUUACUUACAUUUCAUCAAAAUCCAGAAAACAAUAGUUAAACAUUAUCAAAGAUGAAUUGGUUCCAUCAUUUAAUAAUAGUUUCGACGUUACUUUGCCCGAUUAUGUGUCACUUUAAAGGCAUUCAACGAAUCAAAUGUGAAAGUAGAAUUGGACUGCCUUUUCGUCCCCAUUCUGACCAACGUCACCGCGUUGAUGCGAUUCGCGAGGAAAUGAAAAGUAGAGCAUCAAUGCAUAGAUCAUCGAUCGAUGCAUAUAUUGUUACCACAUGGGAUGAACAUUUAAAUGAGGAUAUCAGUGAUCAUGAUAAACGGACCCAAUUUAUUUCCGGUUUUACUGGCAAAAUGUCUCAUGUUGUUAUUACGCUAAAUUCGGUUGCCUUAUGGACUGAUGACAAAUACCUUGCUCAAGCAAACGCCGAAUUGAAUUGUGAUUGGAAGAUUUUCUCAUUGGAUGCAGGACCCGAUCUCAUAUCCUUUAUAUUGUCGAAACUUGACGAUGGUGCGCGAGUCGGAGCUCAUUCUCGAACAGUGCCGCAUAAAAUUUGGCACGAAUGGAAAGAGAAAUUACAAAUAAAAUCCAUACGCUUACUUCAAAUGGACCGAAAUUUAAUCGAUUCAGUAUGGUUAAAUCGACCGCCACCAAAUACAGAACUUAUCAAAGUGCAACCAGUCAUAUAUGCAGGUGAAAAAUGGCAAUCAAAGAUAAAGACAUUACGACAAAAAUUAGCAGAGGAUCAUUGUGAUGCAAUUAUUGUUACAUCUCUAACCGAAAUUGCCUAUCUACUCAAUUUACGUGGAAAUGAUCUGCCGUAUACGCCUGUUUUCAAGGCUUAUCUUUUGGUCACUCAAAAUGAAUCGAUUUUAUAUGUGAAUAAAGACCGAAUUGACUUAGGUAUCAACUAUCAUUUAAAUUCCUUACUUUGCAACACCGAAUGUGUCAAAAUCAAAGAUUACGAUGCCGUAUGGCGUGAUCUGAAAAAUUUAUCAUAUGGAUUGCGUAAAAUUCUUGUACCUAGUCACUGUGUAUUCGAUUUUGGUGUAUCAGAGGCUAUUUAUAGUAGUAUUUUAAUAUCGACCGUUUACGAGAAACCCUCGCCUGUCAUAUUCAUGAGAGCACGAAAAAAUCCAACUGAACAAAAAGGCAUGCAUAGGGCACAUAUUCUUGAUGGUGCGGCAAUGUGUGAUGCGCUUAGUUUAUUGGAGCGUAGAUUUUUAAACGAUGAAACGGUGUUUGAAACAUCAGCUGCUGAUGAUAUUGAUCGUGCACGUUAUUCCAUGAAAUCGAAUCGGGGUCUUUCGUUUAAAACAAAUGUUGCAUUCGGUGCGCAUGGUGCAUUUCCCCAUUGGCGCACUUCCAGUGAAACCGACACCAUUAUAACGGACAAAGAGCCAUGCAUAUUUGAUUCAGGCGGUCAAUAUGCUGAGGGUACAACAAUAAUAUCGAGAACUGUUCAUUUUGGUGAGCCGACCUUUGAGCAAAAGCAAAUGUAUACAAACGUGUUAAAAGCCAUUAUCCGUCUAUCAACAUUGGUUUUUCCUGAAAAUUUGACACCAGGUGGAAUAGAUGCAUUAGCUCGAUCCUCAGUUUGGGAUUCACACACAGAUUAUCCACAAAUAACUGGUCAUGGCGUUGGAUCGUUUUUAAGUGUUCAAGAGUCGCCCAUCAAGAUUUCGUAUGCGGAGUCGCAAAAAUUCACAUUCGAAGAAGGAUACUUUUUUUCAAAUGAACCGGGACUAUACAAAAAAGGAUUGUUUGGCAUUCGUUUGAAAAAUGUUUUGGAGGUAUAUGAUACAGGUGAUCGACAUCCGUCCGGUACGAGAUUUUUAGGUUUCAGAGAUGUGAGCCUAGUUCCGUUUGAUCCAAAAAUGAUUGAUCGCGGAUUACUAAACAUUGAAGAGAAACGAUGGCUGAAUGAAUAUAAUGCCCGUGUUCGAUCGUUGGUUGGUGAAGAAUUAAAAUCACAAUAUAAUAUGCAAGCCUUUUAUUGGAUGAUAAAUAAAACGAAACAUGUCAUCGAAUACUAUCCAGAAUCGGAAUAUCGACAGAGAGGCGGUUCGGAUUCAAUACGAUUAUAUACAUGGAUGAUUUCCAUCAUAAUACUAAAUGUUUUAUUGUUUGCGUAUUUUUUUAAUUAAUUUCAUAAACAAAAAUCAUUCAAAAGCACUUUUGUGUACAAAAUAAAACUACACAUUAUAAAAAAAACAAUUAAUUUAAUGUCCUGUUUAAUGCUGUGAGUUAAGUAUUCGAUUUGAACAUGAAUGAAUGAAACGGAAUAAAAUUGAUAUAAUUUUCUUUUUAAA